GCGCCCGCGCCCGCGGGCGCCGAGGCCGCGGCCGAGGCCGCGGCCGAGGAGCGCCGCAGGGUGGCGCUGGCCUGCCCCGUGUGCCAGCAGCCCUUCGGCGCCGGGGCGGCGGGCGGGGCCGCGGUGUGCAAGAGGUGCGACCUCGCGUUCCCGCGCGAGCGCGUCGGCAACUUCCAGGACCUCACGAUCGAGGCGGCGCGACUCCCGAGCGAGCUCGUUGGCGCGGGCAGCCAGCCCUCCGAGCCGGCCGAGGAGGAGGAGGAGGGCGGGCUCUUGCAGCGCCUGCCCUUCGUGGGCACCACGGACGCCAUCGCCGGCAUGCUGGGCCUCCCGCAGUCCAAGGAGGUGGAGGCGCUCGUGCGCGACGUCGUCCGUGAGGGCGGACCGUUCCGCCCACGGGCUGGCCAGCAGCUGGGCACCUCGACGUUCCAGAGCCCAGUGGUGACCUUCGCCUACGAGCGCGGCUGGCGCCAGUCGUUCGCGAGCUCGGGCUUCCCUGGCGUCGAGGAGGAGUUCAAGCUGGCGCAGACCUUCCUGGCCGAGACGUCCGAGGCGGGGCAGGGCGUCCUCCUGGACGCCUCCUGCGGCUCGGGGCUCUUCUCGAGGCGCUUCGCCUCCUCCGGCGCCUACGGCUCCGUGGUGGCGCUGGACUUCAGCGCGUCGAUGCUGCGCCAGGUCGACUCCUUCGCCAAGAAGGAGCUCGGCCGCGACUACGCGGCGCCGCCCGAGCUCGGCGGCCGGGCCCUCUCUCUCGUGCGCGCGGACAUCGGGCGCUUGCCCUUCCCCUCCGACGCCCUGGACGGCGUCCACGCGAGCGCGGCCAUCCACUGCUGGCCGGCGCCCGCGAACGCCGUGGCGGAGAUCGCGCGCGUCCUGAAGCCGGGCGGGGUGCUCGUGAUGUCGACCUUCACUCCGAGGUCUCCGAUGGCUGCUGCGGGCAGCGGCAGCGGGAACGCGCCGUACAGGUUCUGGUCCCGGGACGAGCUGCAGUCCCUCACGAGGCGUUGCGGCUUGGUGGACUUCGAGGCGAUCGAGCGCCAGCCCGCCUUCAUCAUGGUGCGCGUGAGGAAGCCGCGGGCGGAUUGACGAAGCCCUCGCCCCGUGAGACGGACGCGGCGCUGUUUUUCACAGGUAUGUCGAUUCGAAUGCAGCUCUUUGGAGGUCACGGUUUAACCCUGCUCUAUCCAAAGAGGGCAAGAUGGCCUCCAAGUUCGCCCAAGACUGGCCAAGAUGGUCUCCAAGGCGGUCAAGAUGGCCUGCAAGACGGCUAAGGUGGCCCCACGGCUCGAGUUGGGGAUCGACUGCAGAUUUUAUUUUCCCCACAAUUGAGCUCCUCGUCGAGUCAUAUGAGUAAGGUUCGUUGAUCUGCGAACCCUUCCUACGAAUGUCUCAUGGAGUCGACGAGCAAAUCGAGUUUGGGGUGAAGCGACUCUGUAGUCGAUCCCUUGCUCGAACAGUCGCAGGAUGAGUGUAGGCGCAAGCUGCCAGCUGCUCAACGCAUGUGCAGCGAAUUCGGCAAGCGCCUCGCAGCUGUGAGGAGACGAAUAGGCAAGGAUGAGGAGCGCGCAUUUUCCAGCAUUUUCGUCGGAGGGAGCGAGCCGCUUUCCCUCCGCGGUUUUCGGGCUUCUUGGCACUAACAGGGUGCAGAGCCCCGGGCGGAGGAUAACCCAUAGUGCGGAGUGAGGCUGGCGCGAGCCUCUCGCGAGCAACCUUGUUCAUCGCCCUCGUAACUCGUCCU